AUGGAGGAGACCAGAAUUCCACCGCACUGGGGGCUCCUCCCGCCAACCUGCCGGUGCCAGCAGGCCCCGCUGCUCGCCGACCCUCUCGGAGAGGUCGGAAUGAACGACACCGAAGAAGAGGACGAAGGGAGUCCUUCCCCUUCUUCCGCUUCCUUCUCAUCUUCUUCCCCUUCUUCCUCCACUCCGUCUUCUCCCUCCUCUUCAUCUUCUUCAUCUUCCUCUUCUUCCUCUUCUUCAGUGGGUAUUCUAAGGACCCCUCUUGUGUCUCCUGUGUUGUGUUCUUCCUGUGGUUCGACUCUGUCUUCGAGGGAAAUUUGUUCCUCGGCCAAGCCGGAACGGGGGGAAACUGUCCAGGAUGCUGCAGCCUGUCUUGUCUUCGAAGAGAGGUAUGAGGACGAUUCUUCCUCGAUAGCUGACGCGGGUGUUUCUUCGGCUUCUCGUGAGUGCACGAUGGUCGUCGUGGAAGGUGAGCAGUCGCGAGAAGGCGACAGCGUUGCCGUGAGAGACGCAGCGAGUGAGGCAGAGGCUCCGCCCGCGGACUUGCCCUUCGAGUGUCGAGACAGUCGAGCAGCGGAGCCCGACGCGGAGAACUCGGGACGCCCGCGGCUCUCUUCGCUCUUCUCCUUCCUGUUCUCGGCGUCUCUUCUCGAACCCUCAGCGACGCGGCCGGAGGCCUCUUCUUCUCUCGUGUCUUCGCGAGGAGCUGGGGAGUCGAGGAGUUCACUUUCACUUUCUCCCGGCCUUCCGGUGCCUCCGCAUUUCCGUCUGUCGAGUCUAGUGGCUUCUCCGCGGCACUCCUUUGUCGCUUCCAGCUUGUCCACCGCUUCUGCCUCUUCUGUGGCCAUCGCGGAAGCGUCUCCAGACUUCCUCGCAGACCCGCAGCCCCCGCCGUCUGCUCUUCUCCCUUCUCUGUCCUCAAUUGAGGCUUUCCCUGAUGCGGCGCCCGCGACGCCUCUGCCCGUGCGAAACAGAGACGCGGGCGGCGCGGGACCUGGUGUACAUACACCGGAGGCGCGGCGUGUCCCCCGAAGUCCAGAAGGGCCCCGCGUCUUCCCGCGGCUCCCGAGCUGGGGUGUACAUACACCUGGGCGCGGCUGGCUCGGCGGAACAAGCCGCGCGCAGGCAGGGGAGGGGGGAGAAGGGGACUUCGAAGACUCGACUCGAGGAGAAGCAUCCUUUAUCGAGCGGGGGACGGCAGGCGAGGGAGACGCUUCCGAAAGAAGCAGCCCAGACCGUGGGAGAGAGGACGGCCGCGGCUCUCCGAGGAGGGAAGACAGGGAGUGGGUCGGACGCUCGACCUCCUUUCAGAACCUGGUGGCUGCGGAGUUGGAGGCGCGCGCAGACGACGCAGAGCGGCCGCGAUGCCGCCUCAACCUUGCAUGCCUCGCAUGGAAACUCCACGCGUGUCGCCCGAACGGGACUUCUCUGUUCUUCUUCAUCCUCUUCCUCUCAGCGGUCUGCUUUCCUCUCGUCGUCGCGGCGCGCGUUCUCUUUCCGCCGCCGAGCGUCCCGGACUACGCCAUCGCGAUCAUUCCCUUUUUUUGCUUCCAUGUCGACGCGAGUCUCAGCGACGCAGGCGUCACUCAGCUGCGUCUCCCCCUCAUGGGCCUCCACCUCAUCCCCCUCCUCGUCAUGAUUGGCUCCGCCGUCGGGGCGACCUGGGUUUGCCAUCUCGCCUGCGUUCCUUUCUUCCUCAUCGUCCUUUAUCGGUGGCCACGCUCCGGCUGUCUCGUUUUUGUCGUCCUUCAACUUCACUUGGAGCUCGUUCUGAUCAGCUGCGAUAUCUGCCGGAUUCCCGGUCAAGGGAGUCAAGGCUGGGUGUUGGGCGUGGUGGUGGCAUUGGUGGUGACGGUGGUUCCGUGGAUUUUCUUUUUGACGGCGAAUUCGCAGCUGCCAGAGUGUCCGGCUUCCGCGUCGUGUCUCUUCCCGUCCGCGAGCUCCGUCCUGCUCUUUUGUACGUGUCUCCUCUGGUGCCUGGCGAACGCGUUGCUCGUCGCGAAUCUCUUGUCGCUGUUCCUGAAUCAAGCGGCAGAGGCCGCGCCGGUCGUUCGCGAGAAAGAAGCCUCGCUGCUGAGGAGAGCUGUCGCGGGUUCCCAGAUGCGCCGAGAACGCACAACCGUCUCGGACGUCUCUGCUGCUUUCUUCCUCGGCGUCUCCCGCAGCGCCUGGAUGCGCGCCGCGGCAUGCUUCACCGCCGCCGGCCUCGGCCUCUCCGUCUUCCUCUUCGUAUACGUCUUCAGAGACAGUCUCCUCCCGCGGCCGACUCGUCGCAUGCAGCGCUCGCGGAGUUUGUCGGUGACGAGUGCGGUGUACGCGGACCGGCUGAGGUCCGUCAGCGAUGGCUUGGAACGUGACUCGGAGAGCGGCGAGAGCGACGGCGACCCCCAGGCUCCCGCCAGAGCAUUCAGUCAACUCAGCGACCUCCGCAGAGACUUCCUCCGAACCGGCUCUGCGGAGAGUCACGGAGACCGACUCGCGCUCUACGUCAGAAGCUUCGACCUCGGCAGAGGAGACAACGGUCGAGGAAGUGUAGACAGAAGGGGAAGUGGGGCGAGAAGAGGAAGUCUGGAGACAGAAGACGACUGGAGACAAAGAGCCGUCCAGGCCGCGGAGAUUCAAAGAAAGCUGAAAACGCAUCGUCUCCCUCUGACCGUGAACGCAAGGAGACACUUUCCCCCGCACUCCUGCGAGUUGGGGGUCUCCUCGGAUGAGGUGGCGCAUGCGGUUGCUGCUUCGGAAGCUGCGAGCGUCUCUGCAGGUGGAGCAGCGGAAGCUUCUGGAGUUGAAGCACCCGCCGCCGCCCUCUGCACCAUCUGUCAAGACAUCCUGCAGGGAGGUUCUUGGGUCAGCGAAGUGCCAGGCUGCUGUCACAUUUUUCAUGCUUCUUGUCUCCAGUCAUGGCUUCUCCACAGAGGCACCUGCCCGAACUGCAACGCGGACCUCGCGGUCUCUCUGCUCGGCGCGUCCGUCGAAGUUGCGUGA